ACAAAUUUUCAUUCGAGUCUUGCAACGAGUCGUGAGUGGUUGUCUUUAGUUGAGAAGAACGGAUUCAUUCAGUCAGAUUUAAAUUUGCCAGUUAAAAGGAAGUUUUUAAUAAGAAGUGUAUUUAAUAUUUCUUAAUAGAAAAAAUCAAAUUCAAUAAGAAAAUUUAGAAAAAAAAUAAUAUAAACACUGUAACCAACAACAAUUAGAAAAAAUAUCCUUAAUCAUCUGAAAAAAACCCAACCCAAAGUGUUUUUUUUGAAAAGUGAAAUUAUUUUGGAACAAAAAAUAAAUUCAUACACAACAACCAACCUUAAAAGGGUGUAACAGAAUACAGAAAAAUACAACAAGAAAUAAAGGUUAAAAGCCGGUUACAAAUCAAAAGAAGAUUGUGAAUAAAUACGGGGAAAAAAGUAAAAAGAAUAAAAUAAAAUUAAGAAAAAAAUCAAAGCAAAUAUUUUUAACAAAGGAUUUGUUUCGCAAAACAAAAGAAUUUUAAAUUUGAAAUCAAUUUUCUUGUCUAAACAAUAUUUUUUGAAGAUUAAAAGUCAUAUAGCUUCUUGCGCAGAUAACAACACUAAGAAAAGCGCAGUCAGUCUAGCUUAAAAAGGAAGUUUCAAAAGACGCCAUUUAAAAGGUUAAAUAAAGAAAACAUAAAUUUCUUUCUUAUCAACUCCGCUGUUGUUUUAAACAAAUCGUCACCAUUGCUCCCACACCGAUUAUCAACUCCAUCAACAACACCAUGAACGGCCAGAGUUGUGAGUUAAAUCAUACAAAUGGCGACAUUAUAUCACAGAACCAACAGAAGGGUUGGUGGACAAUUGGUCUAAUCAAUGGUCAGCAUCGUUAUAUGACGGCCGAGACAUUCGGUUUUAAAUUGAAUGCCAACGGUGCCAGUUUGAAAAAGAAACAGUUAUGGACAUUAGAACCAUCCAAUACUGGCGAAAGUCUCCUUUCAGGUGUUAUCUAUCUAAGAUCUCAUCUUAAUAAAUAUCUAUCGGUGGAUUCAUUUGGCAAUGUUUUGUGCGAAAGUGAUGAACGUGAUGCUGGUAGCCGGUUUCAAAUAAGUAUUGCAGAAGAUGGCACCGGUCGUUGGGCAUUGAAAAAUGAAUCACGCGGUUAUUUCCUAGGCGGUACACCAGACAAAUUGGUUUGUACCGCUAAAACACCAAGCAAUGGUGAAUUCUGGACGGUGCAUUUGGCUGCUAGGCCACAAGUUAAUUUACGUUCGAUUGGACGUAAACGUUUUGCUCAUUUAUCAGAGUCCCAAGAUGAGAUACAUGUUGAUGCCAACAUACCAUGGGGAGAGGAUACCCUAUUCACAUUGGAAUUCCGUCAAGAGGAGGGCGGUCGUUAUGCCUUGCAUACAUGUAAUAAUAAAUAUUUGAAUGCUAAUGGUAAAUUGCAAACUCUUUGCAAUGAGGAUUGUCUAUUUAGUGCUGAAUAUCAUGGUGGUCAUUUGGCCUUAAGAGAUAGACAAGGUCAAUAUCUUUCGCCUAUAGGCUCAAAGGCUGUGCUUAAAUCCCGUUCAUCUACGGUCACACGUGAUGAAUUAUUCUCUUUGGAAGAUUCUUUGCCACAAGCAUCUUUCAUUGCCGCCAUGAAUUUGCGUUAUGUUUCUGUGAAACAAGGUGUCGAUGUUACAGCCAAUCAAGAUGAAAUUGGUGAAAAUGAAACAUUCCAAUUGGAGUUUGACUGGUCGGCUCAUCGUUGGGCUUUGCGUACUACCCAAGAUCGUUACUGGAGCCUAUCGGCUGGUGGUGGUAUUCAGGCAACCGGCAAUAGACGUUGUGCUGAUGCUCUCUUCGAAUUGAUAUGGCAUGGUGAUGGUUCUCUAUCGUUCCGUGCUAAUAAUGGUAAAUUUUUGGCUACCAAACGUUCGGGCCAUCUGUUUGCCACCUCGGAAUCAAUUGAAGAUAUUACGAAAUUCUAUUUCUAUUUAAUUAAUAGACCCAUUUUGGUACUUAAAUGUGAACAAGGUUUUGUAGGCUAUCGCCAGCCUGGUAAUACCAAAUUAGAAUGCAAUAAGGCCACUUAUGAAACCAUAUUGGUUGAAAAGGCCCAAAAAGGUUUGGUUUAUUUCAAGGGACACAGUGGCAAGUAUUGGCGCAUUGAUGGCGAAGGCAUAUCAGUAGAUUCCGAUGGUCCUGCCGAUGGUUUCUAUUUGGAAUUACGUGAACCUACUAGAAUUUGUAUUAGAUCCCAAAAUGGCAAAUAUUUGGGUGCCACCAAAAAUGGUGCGUUCAAACUAUUAGAUGAUGGUACUGAUGCGGCAACACAAUGGGAAUUCUAAAUUGUGGGAAAUUUGCAAAUUACUUUUUUAACGUUUAUUUAUUCAUUUAAGCCAAGAAAAAGGAGUUUUCUACUAAAAAAAAACAAAACUCUCUAUUAUGAAAUAAUACUACAUAUAAUGUAUAACUAUAUUCCAUUAAAAACAAAACAAAAAUCACUUAAAAUAUACAAUUUUCUAAUGAAAUGAAUAUUUUUUCAUACCAUAGAAAUAUAAAGCGGAAGUUUUUGCUGAAAAUAAUUAAAA